AUGGCGGGCUUUAAUUUCAUCUCAUCAAUUUUCAGGUCAAUAAGGAAUAUUAUUGACGCGAAUAUUGAUGAGGUAGUGGAGGAAGCUGAAUCCCGUCAAGAAUGCAGGCCGCUUAGCGAUGUGCACAUGCCCCCACCGCAAGAUCAGGGAAGUGGAAACGAUGAAGGGGAAUCAGAGGAGGGAGAAGUCGGUGACACAAGUGAGUGUUUUGAUACCUUUGAACUUAUUGACAUGGACGACGAAUAUGAAAGUGGCGAGGAAUAUCUGGAAGAGUCUUGUCUCAGACUCAUCGUGUCUCUGGGCCGAUCUCGCUCCAUGAUUCCAACUCUUCCGGCUCUGGAAUACUCCGACUCGGAUUCAGAAAGCCUGAGUGACUAUUCCGAAACAGAUGGAUGUGAUAGCUGGUCAGUCAUUGACGAGCGAUAG